UUAAAGCAUUACUCAUCUAACUCAUGUACAAUAAAUAUAAUAAAUAAUGUUAAAACGACAUAUGAUCAAAAUCAUAUCAAUUCUGUAUGUGGUGAUUCCUUAUUGCAUAGCUACUACUUGUUUAAUAUGUUCGUCGUCAAUAUCAAAUGAAGAUUGUAACGCGAAAGGAGUUGUUCGGCGAUGUAGACCUUAUGAAGUAUGCGGAAAUAAAGUGACAAGGACUUCUACAAGAAUGCUAAUAACGAAAAGAUGUACUGUCAGGCGGUCUUGUUCUGACAGCUGUAGAGAACGAGGUCGAGCUGCAGUUUGUAGCAAAUGCUGCAAGUCAGAUAGCUGUAACCAAGGUAUUCUUGCACCUGAAUCAAAAGUAUUUUCAUCCACACCGGGUACAAGUCGGUCAUCUUCAAUAAGGAGAGCAAGUGCGACAACGGGAUGCAGUUCACUAAAUGUCAGAUCUGUUGCUAUGCGAUGCGUUCGAUUAAAAUCAGGAAACGCUGCAGGAACUACAUGUUUGUUUUGGUGCAGCAGACACGAUUACGUUCUCAGAGGGCCAUCGAGGAUAUCGUGCGUGCCAAGUAAUGAUGGAUAUACUUGGUCUCGGCGUCCGCCGAUCUGCAUCAGUCGAGAUCAGGCUCAGCAUCACGCAACACCGGGAAAUUGCCGGCCUUUGGAAUAUGAAAAAUCGAACACAAUCAUGCGUUGCAGCGACGAGUUCAAUUUUAGAAGUAGAUGCACUUUUACAUGUAAGGGUGGAUACUUCAUGGUAGAAGCAGAUGUCAACAAACCUAUACUUUCUGGAGUUCGCAACUCGGUGUGUUGGAGGGGAACACAGACUCCGGUUGUCUGGACUAAACAAGUCCCGCGUUGUAUAAUGAAGAGAUGCCCAAUUUUAUUAAAAGAAAAGUUUAGCACUGCUGUGUGCACGGAUUGGAUAUGGGUAGACUCAGUAUGUGAUUUCUCCUGCUUGCCUGGCUAUGAACAAGUAGGACCUCGAUUUAUCUCCUGCAUUAACUAUGAUGAAGAAAGUCCAGACGGUCCACAAUGGAAUGACACAGUCCCUAUUUGUAAACCUCGAAAAUGUCCGCCGCUAGAAUUACCUCUGGAAAAAAUUUCGGUGAAUUGUUCGGAAGCGAAUUUUUAUAGCAGUAAAUGCAGAUUUCAAUGUGCCAAAGGGCAUUACAUGACGAGUAAUUCCGGGUUCGAACCGCUCCCGGAAAAUGGAAACGUUUCAAGGUGUUUGGUAUCAAGAAAAGAUGAAAUGUAUUGGAAACCUCCAAACCCAAAGUGUUGGAUAAAAACUUGCUCAGAAAUAACCCAUAUUGACGAUGGUGUAGUAUCUUGUACAAAUGGAAACAACCACAACUCAAAAUGUACAUUUACUUGUUCGGAUGCAUUUUUAUUAAAUGGUAAUAAAGAUCUAACUUGCAUAGAAGGAGAUCUGGGAAACAGUGAAUUUGGUGUGUGGGACGCAGACGUACCUUGGUGCAGACCAAAGGUUUGCGAUCCACUAGUAUACAACACUUCCAAUACUGAAGUAUCCUGUACCGAUGCUUUCAAAUAUGGAACUACGUGUACAUUUUCUUGUUUUGCGGGACAUUUCAUGACUACGCCCGAUGGAUUGAAGCUUAUAGAUACCGGAAAAUUGGAUACAGAAUGCAUAAUAAGUCCACAACGAACGGUUGUAUGGACAGAAGUAGCUCCAAUGUGUCACUUGAAAUCAUGUGAAGAACUCAGAGAACCGAAAAAUGGAAUGUUCACCUGUACGGAUGGCAGUAAUCAUGGAUCAGCUUGCACAUUAUCGUGCUUGGCAGGAUACGGUGUACAAGGUAGAAAAAGAAUCAAUUGUGUGGAUGUGGGAGCGUACAUUCCAAAGUCUAAAUGGAAUCAUGAUAUUCCCCGUUGUAGACCGAAGCCGUGUCCGACACUCGAAUAUGACCAGCCUACGACUAAUUUGGACUGCACUCAGGGAGAUUCAUUCAAAAGUAUAUGUACAUUCACGUGCAAGGAAGGAUAUUACAUGCCUUCGCCAGAAAGACGAGGCGUAGUUAUUGGGAACAGUCACACAGUUUGUAUUCUAAACAACCUGAAAGAAUUGCAAUGGAGUGACAAUGCUCCACAAUGUUUGCUAAAGACCUGCAGUAAACUGAAUGACCCAGAAAAUGGAAAAGUACGUUGCAGUGAUGAAACUCAAUGGAACUCAGUUUGCAAAUUCAGUUGCGAUCCUGGCUAUGAAACUGAUGCGGAACCUACACUGCGGUGCAUUGAUGACGGUUUUAAUAAAAAAGAAGGGGUUUGGAACAACGAUCCUCCAUCUUGCAUACGAAGAAAAUGUCCUGAUUUCGUUCUCAAUCUAGAGGCAAUUGGCGUGCUAUGUACUAACGACUAUAAAUUUGAAAGUAAAUGCGAGUUUCAAUGCAUGGUAGGACAUUACAUGACAAGAGACUCGGCUAUAGUAUCUUCUGCCAAAUCAACGUGUGGAAUAGAGAGAAAUACAAUGAUUUGGAGCGAGGCUCCUCCGUUGUGCAAAUUGAAAUCGUGUCCUGCAGCGAGGGAACCAGAUAGAGGUUUACUUCGUUGUAAUAACCGUAAUGAAUUUAAAUCAGCUUGCAUGUUCAUGUGUUCUCCGGGAUUUUAUUUGUUAGGCGAGAGAAUUGUGACGUGCGAAGAUAAUGGAAUAAACGAUCCAUUUGGUGUUUGGGAUUUUGAUAUGCCAACAUGUGAAAGAAAAUCAUGCGAAAUACAAGAGCGGACAAGUACAGACAGAUUGACAGAAUCUUGUACAGAUGGUUACCUGUUUGAAACCAUAUGCACCUACAACUGCGAUCAAGGGUAUUACAUGUCUAACAAAGAUGGUGUCACUGAGAGCAAUAGAGAUCAAGUGGAAUGUGUUGUAUCCGGUAGGGAUAUGACUUGGUCAUCAAACCUUCCUUUAUGCACAUUGAAGACAUGCCCAGACUUAAGGAAUCCUGAAAAUGGUGGUAGCACUUGUACUGGUGGAAACAACUUUACGUCAAUCUGUACGUUUUUCUGCGAGCAGGGGUACAACUUGCGAGGGAGUAAAUCUACAACAUGUCAGGAAAGUAAAGGAAAUCAGCCUGUUGGACCGUGGAAUAACCCGACUCCGCGCUGUGAACCACGAUCUUGCGGACGCAUAUCAUAUGAUCUUGAUAUCCUCACGAUGGCAUGCACACAAGGACAAAAAUUUAAAAGUAUUUGUGAAUUCUCUUGUAACGUCGGAUAUUAUACAAUUGGAGAGGAUAGCGACGACUUUUUGGCACGGGCGAACGCAACUUGCACAGUUCUUGAAAAUGAUGACAUGGUUUGGUCUCGAAAACCACCGAAAUGCCAAGUAAAAUCUUGUGAAACUCACAGUGAUUUUGCAGAUGGAAGAAUACGGUGCACAAAUGGAGAUAUUUACAAAUCAGUAUGCACAUUUGAAUGCUUACCUGGGUUUGAACUGAUUGGUCAGCGUAAGACCACAUGUCUAGAUCCUAAUAGAUAUGAUCAGUAUGGAGAUUGGAGUUCUGAACAACCAAUAUGUCAGCCAAGACCUUGUCCCGCUUUGCAGUAUGAGGAAUCUAACACCAAGGUUAAUUGCACGGCUGAUAAUAUGUAUAGAAGCGUUUGCAGCUUUAGCUGCUUCCAUGGUCAUUAUAUGACGACGCCUAACGGUAAGCAAGUCGUAGAUGAAACCUCCACACAGUGUGAUGUCAGAUCGGAUAGAAUGUAUUGGACUAAAAAGGCUCCAAAAUGCGUGCUGAAGCAAUGUGUCAAAGCAAGAAAACCAAUUGAUGGAAAUGUGGAUUGUACAAACAAAAAUAUCUUUGGAUCUGAUUGUAUGUUUUCGUGUUCUAUAGUUAGAGAAUUGAAAGGCAGCGAGAUACUAACAUGUGACGCUGACGACAGAAAUGUACCACAAGGCAUAUGGAGUGCGGACUUUCCACAAUGUGAACUGCGGUCGUGUCCAGACUGGGAAAUAGAACGACGCGCUAUCGUAGAAACAUGUUCAAAUUUUUACAAGUAUGGCAGUAUGUGCACCUUUACGUGCAACGAAGGGUUUUAUGUGCCUGCAGCACCUGGAACCCUUGUGAGAGAAACCACAACAGCCCAAUGUGAUCUUGAGGGAACAGCCAUUACAUGGGUUGGUACUCCGCCACCAUGUAAAAUCAAAACGUGUUUACCCCUGAAAUUUCCAGGAAACGGCACGUACGAUUGCAGUGAUGAGCUUGAUUACGACACAAAAUGCAUAUUCUCUUGUACACGUGGUUAUCUGUUGAUCGGCAUACAGACUUUCACUUGUGAGGAUGAUGGCACUUCUGGACCAAUGGGGAUAUGGGACGCCACUGAAGAGCCAGUUUGUGAACCACGCUCGUGUAAAAAACUUCCAUACGAUGUAAAGACGCAAGAUGUUGAGUGCAAUUUUGGAAUAAAAUACGGAAGCGUUUGUAAAAUCACAUGUGUAGAGGGUUACUACAUGACUGCUAAAAACGGCAUUGAUCUGAUAGAUAACGCAUCUGCUAUAUGUGAUGUUGACCCGAGCAACAAGAGAGAUGUUACAUGGGAUCACGAUGAACCAAAAUGCAUAAAAAAGAAAUGUCUACCUUUGACACCACCGCUCGACGGCAAAGUGAUAUGCAAGGAUGGUUUAACAUUUGGAUCAAAAUGUAUUUUUGAAUGUCAACCCGGAUUCAAACUUAUAGGAUUAAGUACUACUUCUUGUAAAGACGACGGACAGAAUAUACCAACAGGAGUGUGGGGCAAAGAACCACCGUCAUGCGAACCAAAAUCUUGUGCUAGAUUGAUAAGCAAUUCGAACACAACAAAUUACCAAUGUACCGAGGGGUGGAAAUACAGAAGCAUUUGUACUUUUUCUUGCAACAAGGGAUAUUUUAUAACAAAGGGUGAUGGAAGAACCAUAGUGGAAACCGCAAAGACUCAAACAAGAUGUGGUCGGGGCAUUGGAGACGGAAUGGCCUGGUCAGCUAACCUUCCAAUAUGCAACAGCAAAUUUUGCUUAGCUAUAAGACCAAAGAGAAACAUGACUGUUUCUUGCACCGACAAAUUUAAAUACAGCUCAGUGUGUGAUGUUUCAUGUGACCCACCAUUUAAACUGUCUGGGCCACCAAGGCUUACAUGUAUAGAUGACGAAAACAGUCCAUUCAGCGGAAAGUGGGACGAAAGACACUGGGGCUUGAGAUGUAGGCGAUAGUUUCAGUUAACAGGAUAUAAUAAACCAGGAGUAAAAAUCAGACACUACUUUGUUGACUGAAAAAAGGUUCACGAAGGAAAUGAAACUGGAUUUCAUUAUAGAAACUCUUUUGACGUCUUCUGUUAUUAUUUAAAUAUUCCGGCAACAU